AUGUCUGUCUUUGGAGGCGGAGGCGCCGCUGCUGGCAGCUCCCCCUUCGGGCAGCCCCAGCAGCAGACGGGCACCGCCGCCGCGGGCACGACGACGAGCAGCAGUUUGUUUGGCGCGCUGGGCCAGAACAAGCCCGCCACAGGGACCGGACUGUUUGGACAGAGCAUGCAGACCCCGGCCGCGGGCACCGCAUCCGGCGCUUUUGGACAGGCCGCGCAGACGCCGCAGACGGGCACUGCCGGUAGUGUCUUUGGACAGGCCGCGCAGACUCAAACGGGCGCAGCCGGCAGCGUCUUUGGGCAGCCUGCGCAAACUCAGACAGGCACCGCCGGUAGUGUUUUUGGACAACCUGCGCAGAACCAAACACAGCAGACUGGAACGACUGGAGGCGGCCUAUUUGGUCAGGCCAGUCAAGCCCAGAUACAGCCAGCUGGCGCUACAGGCGGCAGCGUCUUUGGCGGUGGUGGCGCUUUUGGCCAACCUACACAAAAUCAGACCUCCAAUGCAUUCUCAUUAGGCGGAUCAACCUUGCUUAGUGGCCAACAGCAGCAGCAGCAGCAGCAGCAGCAGCAGCAGCAGCAGCCGGCAGUAUCUGGCUUUGGAGGCAGUCUGUUCGCCAGCCAGGCACAGAGCAACACUCAAAAUGCCGCCACCGCGCCGUCACAGCCUGCAGGUGCCUACUUUGACAGCCUGUUUGCCAAGACACAAAAGGCUGGCCAGAACGACGCCAACAUGGGAGAUCUUCCAAGCCUCGAGCUGGGGCUUGGCGAUCUGCGCCACCGUCUGCGCAAGCUACAGUCCAAGCCGAACGAAAAGCCUCUCGAAGGCAAAGCGCACUACUUGCUCGCUGCGGCUGGUGUGAACCCUAGUGCUGCGGCCAAGGAUUUGGGUCUUUUGGAUGUGCAGGGACGUAACGAGCGUAUUGCGAGCAGCGGUUAUGCCCCGACCGAAAUCGACGUCGAAACCUACCUCUCGAAUUUGCAAACGAAGACAACUCUCAGCAUGAUCUCGGACGGCCUGGAACGAUCGGUUCGCGACUUUGAUACCUUCUUGGAGGACAACGUUGCCAUGGAGUGGGAUGCGCAGCGAAAGCGAAUCUACGACCACUUCGGUAUCAAACCCCGCGAGAAUGGAGCUGCUGGCCGCGAAAGCCAAGGCGGAUUUGGCCGUUCUCGACGCAGCAAAGCCCAGAGCGGCGCUGGCAAGACCGCUCGCGGCUCUGUCCUUGGAAAUGCCGCUCUUCAUCGGUCUGUCAUUGGUGCUCCUAGCAGGAUUGGAAUGCACGAGUCUGAAUUCACAGAUGUCGAUCAGGCCGCGGACGCCAAAAAGAAGGGCGGAAUGGAAGACCGCGCGAUGCGUGAAAGGCAGCUGAAGCUUUCUGACAAGGUUCGCAACUUGAACAUGCAUCGACUAGACAACCGCCCAUACCCUAUUCUGCAUGAGCUCUGCCAGAUCGAGGAAAAGUCGCACGAUUCGCAUGCAUUUCAUGUUGUUGAGGCAUAUCGUGCCAUGAUAGAGAUUGUUGGCGAGGCACCUUCUGAUUCUCCCCUAGGCUAUAGCACUACGAAAGAACGUCACUUCGCCAGCAUGUAUCUGAACGAGAAUCCCAAUUCUCCUCAAGCUGUUGAAAUGAAGAAGAAAAUUCUUAGCGGCGCAAACGCAUUUUUGGAGAAGCAGUUUAUUCGAGAGGUUGAGAGCCUUAUUGCGAAACAUCCUCAUGAAGCCAAGCUAGGCGGUCUGCCAGAUAUCACAAGCAAGAUCAGGGCAUACAUCCGCCUUCGCUCGGCCAGGAAAGACCUGGUGCCCGACAACACAGAGCUGCAGCAGGUUCAGGGCGAGUACGUUUGGGCGAUAGUGUUUUACCUCCUACGGUCUGGCAACGUCAACGAAGCUGCGAAAUAUGUCAAUGACAACAGCAACCAUUUCAGGGGAAUUGACCGCACAUUUUCGACCUAUCUCAACAACUAUGCUGCCAGCGAAGAUCGCAGAAUCACUAACCGGAAACUGCUUGAGCGCUGUACAAACGAAUAUGUCCAGCGAUACCGGAACGCACCGGAAAAUUCCAUCGAUCCGUUCCGCAUGGCUUGUUACAAAGUCAUUGGCCGAAUCGAACUGGCGGACCGCAAUCUGAGUGGCUUCAACACAGACAUCAACGAUUGGAUUUGGUUGCAGUUCAACCUUGCUCGUGAAGGGGACAAGACUGUCGAAAUGGCAGGAGAGUCUUACGGCCUCGCGGAGCUGCAAACCAGCAUACGGGAGAUUGGGCUCAAGCACUUCCCCAAAACUGUUUCCGACGAUAACAACAGCGGCAGCUUUGGCAUGUUUUUUUAUCUGCAAGUUCUCUCGGGCAUGUUCGAAGAUGCCAUUGGCUAUCUUUAUUCCUUCUCCUACGUUGACGCCGUCCACUUUGGCCUCGCGCUCGAGUACUAUGGCCUUUUGCGGCCCAGUGACCCGAUGUCGGCGCCAAAUGACCUCCGCAGCCACAGCAGCAAGAAUCUACCUCAAAUCAACUUUGGCCGGAUGAUCGGAUACUACACGCGUGACUUCCGCGCGGCUGACGUUGUAUCGGCUGUUGAUUAUCUGAUCUUGAUUUGCCUCAACAAAGACCUAGGCGGAGAAGCUGGUCGAAGACAGAGCAACCUGUGCCACGAAGCCUUGCGUGAGCUCGUACUCGAGACACGUGAAUUCAGCAAGCUGAUUGGAGACAUUCGCCCUGAUGGCCAGCGCAUCCGGGGUAUCAUCGAAAUCCGUGGUCCUCUCAUCGGCCUGAGCGACGAAGAUGACUUCAUUAACACCGUCACACUGCAAGCUGCAAGCUUCGCCGACGAGAAUGGGAGAACGACUGACUCUGUACUGCUGUAUCACCUAGCUGGCGAGUACGAUGCCGUGGUUGCGAUUGUCAGCCGCGCUAUCAGCGAAGCAAUCGCCCUCGAAAUUGGCGAAGAUCCUAUGCGUCUGAUGCCUAUCAAACCCCGGGCCGGAGGAGGCGAUGCAGAUGCCCAGCAAGGAACUAGCUUGAGCUUGGCUGCCAUUGAUGACCCGAUCGAGCUCGCCAGGACAAUGAUGUGCAUGUAUGAGCGUGAUGCUAUGUUCUACCGCAAGAUUCAGGACCACAACAAGAUGGCCUGCCGAGUCUUGCUGGAGAUGAGUACUAUCAAGAGCCUCGUCGAGGCCAGCCAGUGGGCGCAAUGCCUUGAUAAAAUCCGGGGUCUCGAGAUUCUGCCACUGGACGCUGGUGGAGACGCCAGCACAAUUCGCGCCUUUGCAGCCAAAUUCUCUGCCCUCCCACAGCCCGUCUCCAUCAACGUGCCGAAUCUCCUGAUGUGGACCAUCCUCUCGUGUGUGCGACAGCGCGAGCAGCUCACCAACGGGCAAUUCAGCGGCAACGAGGGCACGCGCAGGUUGAUGGCGGAUCAGCUCAAGCAGAUGACGAUGGACUUGACGACAUAUACCAGCCAGCUGCGGUACCGCUUCCCGCCACACCUGCAUGAGGCGUUGGCAAGGGCGUCGGCGGAAUAA